ACGGCUGAUGAGAAUUUGAGUUUGAAAACUUGAGUGAUAAUGAUACUAAAAUUACUAGUAUUUUGGGUUCGAAACUUGUCAGCAUCAAAAUCCGGCUGUAACGAUAAAAAAAUAAAUGGACCAUAAUGAUAUACUAUAUAGACUUGGUGCACAACAUCGCAAAUACUUGUAGCAACAAACUUCGUCUCUUAUCCCUCUCUAAAUCAAGUUUUCGUUUUCAUUAUUGGAGUACUAAUUAUGAUUUCUGAAACACAUAAUCAACUUCAUGUCUUUUUUAUGCCUCUCAUGGCUUACGGUCAUAUGAUCCCAACUAUAGAUGUAGCUAGACUUUUCGCUGCUCGUGGUGUGAAGUCCACUAUCAUUACCACACCUCGUAACGCCUCCACUUCAUCAAAAGUUAUUGACCGAGAUCGAUUAUCUGGUCUGGAUAUAGAUUUCCGGGUAAUUCCCUUCCCUGCAAAAGAAGCCGGAUUACCCCAAGGAACCGAAAACCUUGACGACGUCAUUUCACCUGAAUUGAUUUCUAACUUCGACAAGGCUGUUCAGAUGCUUCAACUACCUUUUGAGAACCUUGCACAAGAACUUCGCCCACAUUUGGCGCCGGAUCUCCCUGACAAGAAUGAGAUGAGCAUGUCAGAAUUGCCAGAAAAAUCAUCAGCUACAGCUGAGUUUGCUAAACUGAUGGAAAGAAUUAGAGAGUCAGAGAUGCAGAGCUACGGAGCUAUCAUUAACAGCUUCUACGAGUUGGAACCUAAUUACGCCAACCAUUAUGCAAAAGUCAUGGGGAGAAAAGCAUGGCAAAUAGGCCCAGUUUCGCUACGAAAUGUGGAUCCUGUCGAUAAAGCUCAAAGAGGCAAGAACUCCUCCAUUGAAGAACAUUGCGUUUUGAGUUGGCUCACUUCUAAGAAGAUAAAUUCAGUUCUUUAUAUUUGUUUUGGCAGUGUCUCUAGAAUCAGUAAUGAUCAGUUGGCGGAAAUAGCAAUCGGUCUCGAAGAAUCAGAAAUUUCAUUUGUUUGGGUUAUAAGAAAACUGGAGAAUGAUGAGAAACAAGUACUUUUACCCGAAGGAUUUGAAGAUAGAAUAAAAGGGAAGGGUUUGAUAAUAACUGGCUGGGCACCUCAAGUUCUAAUCCUCGACCAUCCAGCGGUUGGUGGGUUCAUGACUCACUGUGGUUGGAACUCAAUACUUGAAGGGAUUAGUACAGGAGUUCCAUUGAUCACUUGGCCUGUGUUUGGAGAACAAUUCCAUAACCAGAAAUUUGUUACAGAAGUUGCAAGGAUAGGAAUUCAAGUUGGAGUUGAGAAGUGGAAUUUUUGGGUAGACGCGAAAAAUGUGUCAGUCAAGAAGGAGGAAAUUGUUAAAGCAGUAACUCAGCUAAUGAGCAGUGAUGGAGAGGAAAUGAGAAAUCGAGUGAAGCGACUCAGUGAAAUGGCUUUCACUGCUGUAAAAGAAGGUGGCUCAUCUUAUACAAAUUUAACAGCUUUAAUCGAGGAACUGAAAACGCGUAUGAAGACAUCCACAUUGACGCGAAAUCAUAUUUCCAUUACUGAUAUUUAAGCUAAC